UCAAUGCCCUACGAACCGGCGUGGAAAUUGCACCAUUUCUCGUGGGCCAAAGUAACCGGGGGAAAAAAUAACACAAAAGUCAACUUUUUCAUAACCAAGCCAUCAAAAUAUCUUAGAAACAGCACGAUCGAGGAAUGGAUUCAGACGCAAACGCACCAGAUUCGUGGGAUUCUUUAGACGAUCCUGGCCCAGGAGAAAUGAGUGAAGGAACAAGCGAUUUGAGUGCCCAACUUCAUUCGCUCAAUGUAAACGCAAAACCUUUUGUACCAAACGUCAAUGCGCCGGCAUUUGUUCCUUCGUUUUUGAAAACAGUGACGACUGAUGCUUCUCCUUCUACAAAUGGGGAUGUUGAUCAGUCGGAAAUUGCCGAGAAAAAUUCGGACACUAUUAAGGGAGAUGUACCUGGCGAAGACAAAGAACCCAUUGACAUGAAACCAGAAACAAAUGAAGACAGAGGAGAAACCAAGGAAACAGUUGAAGUAGAGGCUGAGGAAGAAGAACAGGAAGAAGUGAAGCCUGUGAAAAAAGAAGCAAAGAAAGAAGUUGAAGAAGAACCUGAAGACAAAAGAGAGCAUCUUAAUAUUAUAUUCAUUGGUCAUGUUGAUGCUGGAAAAUCAACAAUUGGUGGACAUGUAAUGUACCUGACAGGACAGGUUGACAAGAGAACACUGGAAAAGUAUGAAAGAGAAGCAAAAGAGAAGAACAGAGAAACAUGGUACUUAUCGUGGGCAUUGGACACAAAUCAAGAGGAAAGAGAUAAGGGUAAAACAGUUGAAGUGGGGAGAGCUGCGUUUGACACACCAAACAAACAUUUCACAUUACUGGAUGCACCAGGACACAAGAGCUUUGUUCCAAACAUGAUCAGUGGAGCAGCACAAGCUGAUCUUGGAGUACUGGUCAUCUCUGCCAGGAAAGGAGAGUUUGAAACUGGUUUUGAAAAAGGAGGUCAAACGAGAGAGCAUGCUAUGUUGGCCAAAACAGCAGGGGUAAAGCAUUUGGUUGUUCUUGUCAAUAAAAUGGAUGAUCCAACUGUGGAAUGGGAUAAAGGAAGGUAUGAAGAAAUCCAAACAAAGCUGACUCCAUUCCUUAAGAAAGUAGGCUUUAACCCAAGGACAGAUGUCCAUUACAUGCCUUGCUCAGGAUUGACAGGUGCCAAUCUCCGCAAAAGGCUUGAUCCUGAAGAAUGCAAUUGGUUCAGUGGUAAAUCUUUUUUGGAAUAUAUUGAUGAAUUGCCAUCAUUGACACGGUCUGUUGAUGGACCACUCAGAAUACCUAUUUCAGAGAGAUACAAGGACAUGGGAACUGUAGUACUUGGCAAAGUGGAAUCUGGAAAACUUAGUAAAGGCGAGACAUUACUCUUGAUGCCCAACAAGGUCUCUGUAGAGGUGUUAGGAAUCAUAUUUGAUGAAGAAGAAAGAGGUGCAGCAGUGGCUGGUGAUAAUGUUAAACUUAAGCUAAGAGGAGAUGUCUCACCAGGAUUUGUUCUCUGUUCACCAGACAACUUAUGCCACACUGUUAAAACAUUUGAAGCUCAGGUUGUUAUUCUUGAGCACAAGUCCAUCAUCUGUGCUGGUUACAGUGCUGUUUUACAUAUCCACAAUGUCGUAGAGGAAGUUACUUUCCAGAUUCUAAUAGCAUUAAUUGACAGAAAAACGGGAAAAAGACAGAAAGGAAGACCGAGAUUUAUUAAACAAGACCAAGUGGCUGUAGCGCAGCUUCAAACAUCGGGAGUUGUGUGCAUCGAGAAAUUUGCCGACUUUCAACAAAUGGGAAGAUUUACACUGAGAGACGAAGGCAAAACCAUUGCUAUCGGAAAAGUUCUGAAGCUACUAUCUUAAACAGGGUGAAUUAGGGAAUUAAAACACAUCUCCAGGAAGAACUUGCGAAAAUGAAUGUCACUAAAUAAGUGGAGCGUGAAACACUUUUAUGUCGUCCAAAACAGCCAUCAAAAAAAGAGAGACAAUUUAUAUCGUGGAUAAGAUUUGAUAUCAAGCCAGAUGUCGCCUUUGUAUACCUGAGUCAAUUUUAAGCUUCAUUCUUAUGCUUCGCUAUCAGCCAUGAGGAGGAAGUUACAUUGGAACGACGAUCCUUGUGUUUUGUUGAACUUCGCAAAUAGAAGAUUAUAUGGUUAAGAAAUAUCUGGAGACGUAGGGAAUUGGAGUCGUAGUUUCUUGUUGAGAGUCGGGAAAUAACCAAAAGAUCCAGGAGAUCACUUAUAAAAAUAAUUCGUUGCCACACAGUGCAAUUUUCAAUUGACUAUCGAAAGUGAACCGGGGUUGCAUCGUAUUGAUUUCAUUGCGCUAUGUGAUUGGUCGAGAAAAUUAGCGCCACAAUAUUUGCCACUAAUGGAUAGAAUGUGAAACUUAUAUCAUUCCAGACACUAUUAUAACACAGCGGUCAAACGUCGGUGCAUGUAAGAUCGCUGUGAAAACCAAGUUGUCUCACACGAGUUACAUAAAAAGAAAACACACAUACACACUAACCAGUAAGUCAUGGUGUUUAAAUCAUUCAACUUUUAUUGCAAAGCUCAAACUGAAUGGUAAAUUUACAAGAUACCCGUCCUUAGGUUAUCCUUUUCCGUACUUUUUUUCCCUUUAAAGAUUUCUAUUUCUUAUGUUCCCCUUUGAUGAUAUUGUGCGCUGGAAAUUGAUGCGCGGCCUGUCAGGAUUAAUACCCUCGCGCUUGCCUGACGUUUGACUGCUGUGUUCACUGUUACGCGAGCUGUCUUGCGCUUGAGACCAAUUGCGUGCAUUUGCUUGAAGUUCACAUUGCCUUCUUAUGGAAUUUUCCUUGCCUCUGAUUGGCCAAUGUUGAUUGCUUUGGUUGUGUGACGCUUAAUCGAACUGCGCUAGAGGUAUUUUAAAACUGUGCUAUUCUAAAUGUAAGAAAUGAGAGGUUUGUUAACGCAACGAGCGUGAUUCUGUGUUCGAAGUGUAAAUCGUUGAAAUACACUCGUAGGGUAUCAAUUAAUAACGAGCACUCAGUGAGGUAAUUGUUUAUGUCACAGAAAACGACUUCGUCUGCUUAUCUGUUCUGAAAAUUUCCCAGUUGCGAUGUAUAUUUCUACAGUGUUUUAUUUUUCUCUUCUAAUUGAAAAAAAAAAAUGAAUAAAUGUUAUUUAAUCAA